UUUUAAUUUCCUUCCUUUAAAAUUACAGAACUCCGAGAUCAAAUUGUUUCUGUCCAAGAAGAAAAGAAGGUGUUAGCCAUUGAGCUGGAAAAUCUCAAGAGCAAGCUGGUAGAGAUGACGGAGGAAGUAAAUAAAGUUAAGCAAGAAAAAGCUGUUUUAAAUUCAGAAGUUCUUGAGCAGAGGAAAGUCUUAGAAAAAUGCAACAGAGUUUCCAUGUUGGCAGUUGAAGAGUAUGAGGAGCUACAGGUGAACCUGGAACUGGAGAAAGAUCUUCGCAAGAAAGCAGAGUCAUUUGCACAAGAGAUGUUCAUUGAACAAAACAAGCUGAAGAGACAAAGCCACCUUCUGCUGCAGAGUGCCCUUCCUGAUCAGCAGCUGUUGAAAGCUCUAGACGAAAACUCAAAACUCAUCCAGCAGCUUGAAGAAGAGAGGAUCCAGCAUCAGCAAAAGGUCAAAGAGUUAGAGGAGCAGCUGGAGAACGAAGCACUCCACAAGGAGAUCCAUAACCUGAGACAGCAGCUGGAGCUCCUGGAAGAGGACAAGAGAGAGCUGGAGCAGAAAUACCAGAGCUCGGAGGAGAAGGCUAGGAACCUGAAGCAUUCAGUGGACGAACUCCAGAAGCGAGUGAACCAGUCGGAGAACUCAGUGCCUCCUCCACCUCCUCCUCCCCCACCUCUCCCCCCUCCGCCACCCAAUCCAAUCCGGUAAGUACCAUCAAGGCACUUCCUGCUACCUACAACUUCCUUGUCUUUGACCCUGCUAGUCACACCAGUCUUUUUUUUUUUUUUUUUUUCUUUAUUUUCUGAGACAGAGUCUCAUGUAUCCCAGGUUAGCCUUGAACUCACUCUGUAGCUGGUGAUGCCCCCCAACUGAUCCUCUGCUGGAAUUAUGGACAUGCCACCAGGCCCAGUCUCUGCAGUGUGGGGAAUCAAGCCCAGGGCUUCACGCAUGCUAGGCAGGCGCUCCACCAGCUGUGUUACAUCCUCAGAGGGACAGUAAAAAGCAGAAAAGAAUAUUUCCUAAAGACAGUGUUUCCCACUUCUUGGUUUUAAAUCAUCUUUCCAGGAAAUCGCCACAGCCCACGUGUCCCCUUAUAGAACCUGGAUUCUGUGGCAAUGCUCCAAACUCAAAGAACUAGACAUUUAUCAGACACUUCUCAUUUUAAAAGUCCACCCCUAGCCCUAGGACUCCCUCCACCCAUGAGACCAAGGAAUUUUAAGAGUCUCCAAAGGGUAUACUCUUUUCCCCUCACUGAUUUGAAUUUGGAGGUUCUAGCUUACUCAUUUUUUACAAGACCUAAGUUAAAACUUACAUCUACUAAUUGUUAUAAACUAGUAAUUAAUCUAAAAGUACUAAGUAUUUUUAUCCCGAUCCUUAUAGUUAAGCCUUUUGUAAUUCUGAGAGUAGAACCUUCCAGAAGAACAUCACUGUUUAAGGUCUUGGGGAAGGAAUCCUGUAUGCAGGCAGAAACUCUCUUUUUUCUGAAGCCUGGCUAGCCUGUCAUCAUUGCCUCUCUCCGACAUACAUUCUAGAGAGAUUUUUGCCGCCUUUGUGAGUCUAUCCACCACCAUCCAGAAUUAGAGAAGUCAGGCUACUUAUUUUGAUGACUGCCUACCUCCUCAUGAUGUUAGCUGCCUUUGAAUAAUUUAUUCUUGAACAAAUGGCAUUUAAACUUUUGCUGGAUGUUUUAGCUUUCAUUAACUCAUGUGAUUUGUUUAAUCCUUUCACACAGAGAAGCCCUUUAUUCCUGCUUUGCACCUUAGCUGAUCCAGCUGAAUAGAAUGUGUAGCGUGUUCCUCCCACACGACUAUGGAAAUGGGACUUGGCUUUUGAAAAAGAGUCUCAUUACUUUGCCUUGCCGAGUUGGGCAUGACAUAAUCUACUUUAAGCCAUUGAAGUAGUUGAGGUUAAAUAAUCUUUACAGGUGAUGGAGUCCAAGAGCCAAUGAAAGAAUUUCAGGUAUUUUAAACUCUCUCUCCUGGGUAGCUAAGUCUGUAGGAGAUAUUCCAAAGGUGACAUUUAAAAUGGGAAAUGCGUCACUUUGAUCUUUCUCUUGGGUCUAGAAUUUUGAGCUGAUAAGAAAGGUCACUUCUAUGAGAAGGGAGAACUAUUAAAAAGCAAUUACAGUCUUGCUGUCGACCUUUGAUUUUUAGCCUUAGAAAUGCUGAGAGCCCCUAGGAUUUAAAGUAUAAUCUAAAUAGAAUUUUCUCCAAGGAACUCUUUACAGUUAUACUGAGAAAUGAAUAUAAGAAUCAAGACUAUAUAUGCCUCAACCACUGAUUCUUUUAUAAGACUCUUAAAAGAAAAUUCUCGUUGAAUAAUAUGAAUAACUUUUAAGAUAGAUUUAAAUAGUAUGGGAUAUAACUUUUCAGAAAAAAAAUUUGGUGAAAAAUACUUUAUUGUCAAAGAUAUAUUUGCAUAUGUGUUGAGCUUUCGUGGGUGCUAAACCCACCAGUGGUUUCCAACUUUGUCCUUGAGCCAUUAUGUCUAUACUAAUAUAGAUCAUGAAUAGAAAUGAACAUGGUAGGGAUGGGGAAGGACUGGGCUCAUGGCUUCCUUAGUGGCCUUAUGGCUUCUCUUCGUCUUCUCCCAUUCCUCUAAUUCUCCCAUUCUCCAACAGAGGAGGAGGUGUGACUGGGCCAUGUUGUAAUGAAGGGAGAAAAUAGGGUAGAUCUUGAACAAGUAUGUCUUAUGGGGAGAGGGGUGGAGGAGAGGAAUGGGUCCUCCAACAUGACAGAGCCCACAGGAUGUGUAUGUAGAUAAAGCUGCAUAUAAACACUGUCAUGCAUUGCUUAACCAUGGGGCUACUUCUAAUAUUUUGUUACAUGAACACCAUUGUGAGUACUUACUUACACCAAUAAAGAUGGCUGUCAACUUAAUAGGCAGCAUACUCUUCUGAGACCAUUGUCAUAGAUGUGGCCUGUCAUUUGACCAAGCGGUGACUCUAUAGAUUGAUUCUAGGGAACUGACUUGUGUGAUUAUAGAGGGCUGGCUAAUAGUCCAAGAUCUGUAGGACACUUAGGCAAGCUGAGUAGCCAGGAUACCUGCUGAGUCCAAGACCUGAGAACCUGUGAUGGAGUGCUAUUCUAAAGGCUGCCAACCUUGAGACCCAGGCAGCCAUAGUGUAGGGAAUCAAGGUCAAAAGCAGUAAAAACCAAUGCUCCAGUUAGAAGACAGAGAUUCUUUCUUAUUGGUGACAGGAACUGCCAAUCUUUGUUCAAGUCAGGCUUUCAGUGAUUGGAUGAGGCCAACAUCUAGGAGAGCAACAGGCCUCUCUCAACCUACUAAGUUAAUUAGUGGUAGGGUAGGGCUGUAAAAGUUUGGACUGUUGGUCCCAGAUGUCAUGGUUGAGUCAUCUCACCUGUUGAGUGGCGCCCAUCCUGUAUAUUUUCUCUGUAGUAUAGGUGGUCAGCCUUUUUCAUCAGGACUAUUGGCUCCCCAUUAAUGACACUGAGACUAAUUAUUAAUUAUGAAAGCUCAGCCGAUAGCUUAGGCUUGUUCCUAACUAGUUCUUAUAACUUAAAUAAACACAUUUCUGUUACUCUGUGUACUGCCACGUGGCUGUUACCUCUCUUCUUACAUAUCUUGCUUGUUUCUGUUUCUUCUUCCCCGUGCCCUCUCUGUCCUGAAAAUCCUGCCUAGCUAUUGGCCAUUCAGCUUUUAAUUAAACCAAUCCAAGUGACACAUCUUCACAGUGUACAAAAAGAUUUUCCCACAGCAUUUCAGUUCCACCUU